AUGGGUCCGAAGCAAAAAGGUGGCGGCGCUGGAGGAGCCUCAGGGAAGCAAAAGGGAAACACUGCAGAGGAGGUUGAAGAGGUUCUGCAAGCUGUUGUUCUUGCUGAUACUUUUGAAACUCGUUUCGAGCCGUUUUCGUUGGAAAGACCGAGGUGUUUACUACCGCUCGCGAAUACUCCCUUAAUCGAGUACACCCUCGAGUUCCUUGCCAAUGCCGGUGUUCAAGAAGUCUUCCUCUACGGUGGAGCACAUUCUAGUUUGCUGGAAAAAUACAUUACUGCCUCGAGAUGGAAAGCAUCGUCAUCGCCAUUCCGAAAAUUCACCUUCCUGAAAUCAACCGCUACUUCUGUCGGCGACGUUAUGCGUGAUCUCGACGGCAAGCACUUGAUAACCGGUGACUUCAUCACAGUGAGCGGAGAUGUCAUCAGCAACCUCCCCAUCGAGGAAGUGCUCGCCAAACACAAGGCUCGCCGAGAAAUCGACAAAUCGGCAAUCAUGACUAUGGUCUUGCGGGAAGCCGGUACGCAACAUCGCACCAAGGCAUCAUCUGCUUCGCCGGUUUUUGUGAUUGAUCCGACUAAGGAUCGGUGUUUACACUAUGAGGAAAUUGAUCACCAUCAUAAAUCUUCGUCUCGGCUGAAUAUCGAUGCUGAGUUGAUUACUUCGCAUGCUGAGAUCGAUAUUCGACAGGACUUGAUUGAUUGCAGUAUUGAUAUAUGCACGCCUGAUGUAUUGAGCUUGUGGUCUGAUAGUUUCGACUACCAAGCGCCCCGAAAACACUACCUACAUGGCGUGCUGAAAGAUUACGAACUGAAUGGGAAAACGAUUCACACGCAUAUUAUCAAAGAUCACUACGCUGCUAGAGUCAGGAAUUUGAAGGCUUACGAUGCAGUCUCCAGGGAUGUCAUCUCGCGCUGGUCUUAUCCGUUGUGUCCGGAUACGAACCUCCUUCCAGGUCAUACGUAUGAGCUUCGAAGAGGGAAUUUGUACCAAGAGCGGGGAGUUAUUCUGGCUCGGUCUUGUGUCAUCGGACGACGGACGGUGAUCGGCCAGGGAACUAGUAUUGGCGACAAGACGACGGUGACUAACUCGGUGCUGGGGAGGAAUUGUAAGAUUGGGAAGAAUGUUGUUCUUGAUGGAGCCUAUAUCUGGGACGGCGCUGUUAUUGGAGACAAUACGGAGAUUCGACAGGCGAUUAUAGGUGAAGGAGUCACCGUGAGCAGUAAAUGCACAAUUGAACCGGACUCUCUUCUCUCGUUCGGUGUGGUGAUCUCUAGUGGUGUGACUGUGAGCCGUGGUACGCGCAUUACGACUGCUCCUCGCGAGGAUGGCAGUGUUCCAGCCAAUGACGCGAAGGUUGUUGGAGAAAAUGGACAUGGCUAUGAAUACUCACCAGAGGAAGACGAGGACGAGGACGAAGACGACAACCACAGUGUGUCUUCUGGCUUAGUCUACAACAUGGCGAACCUAUCCCUAUCCACCGAGUCUAUUUCGACUCUGUCAAGCGAAAUUUCUGGAGACGAUGAUUACUACCAGGGGCAACAAACAGACAGCUUUGGUACGUCUGUCUCGGAAGACGAGGACGACCACGACCACUUCCAGCACGAUGCAUCGUCGAAUAUCUUCGACAGCCUGCGUGAUGGCGUCUCUGCAGAUGUAGUACAGCUAGAGUUGGUCAGUCUGCGCAUGAGCGCGAACGCCUCUGACCAGCAAGUCCGGCGCGCCGUCGCCAGUUCAUUCAUGAAACACGUGGCCCAGUUGAUUGAAUCCGGGAAGGGCGCGGGCGACGCCGUCAAGGGGGUCUUUACGCAGUACAAAGAGGUUGUGGAGCGUAGUCUAUUUGACAAGGACAAGGACGAGAAGCCUGAUCAAGUCGACCUGUUAUUGCAGAUUCAGCAGGACCUGGCACACCGUCCCAAGGGCGACACGAUCCUGCUGUUCACCGCCAAGGAGCUCUACGACCUGGACGUUGUCGAGGAGGAGGCAUACGAGGCGUGGUGGGCGGAUGAGCGGUCGAGCAGUACAGAGGAAAUGCGCAAGGUGCGUAGCCAGACGCAGCAGUUCGUGGACUGGUUGGCCAACGCAUCGGAAGAGGAGGAGAGCGAUGAGGAGGAAGAAGAGGAAGAGAGUGACGAGGAGUAGAUAAUUCUAUUUCUUAAAAGUGCAUGUCUAGCAAGUGUCGGUUGUCACGGUAAAAAUAGUAAUGUACAUGGACAAAAUCCGAGAUGAGAUGAAUGGUUGACGUGCCAACGGGGCGCAUCACGAGACAUAUUGUAUAAUUUGGGACUAUUGUCACCUUAACAGACAAUGUCUGUCCUGAUUUCUGUUUUUCAACCAAAAAAAAAAUACACAAUACAGAUGACGAUAAUGAGGAUAUUUGGCUGACAUCAUCUCUAAAAAAAACAGCUUGACUAAGGCCCGCUCCGAGCCGGACGAUCGUCAAAAGCUCAUUCGAUUCGUAUAUUAUUUUUAUCUUGCGAGGACAGGACGAUACAAUACAAUACUAUUCUUGUGGACUAAUAUAGAGUUAAGCGUUCAUUGUAAUGAUUAGUUCGGGGGUUUCCUAAUCAAU